GUACACCAGUCAAAAUUACCAUUUAAAAGGUUGUAUUUGGUUAGAUUGGACUUUAUUAAAAGAAAGAAUUAAAUACCAAUCUUAUUCUGAAGAAUUGGCCUUACUUUUUAGAGUAGGAGAAAUGCAAAACAUUAACGAAAAUGACAAUGACAGAGUUUUUCUUUGCAAAAAGUGCAAGAAACAGGCAACCGUAAUGAGUAGGUCCGAAUAUACUUGUGAUGGAUGCUUUGUCCGUUCAACAGAAAACAAGAUCCGUCGUCAGUUUGAGCUUUUACGUCCUAAUUUGGAGAAUCGACGCUCACAAAAGGCCUUGCUCGCUGUUUCUGGAGGAAUUUCUUCAAUGGCUAUGUUGGAAACAGCGUAUUAUCUUUCGCGACACAGAAAAGAUAAUUAUCGACCAAUGUUUGAUGAUUUCUUGGUUGUCCAUUUGCAAAGCAAAUCUUUGCAAAACGAAGAAGAGUGUACGCAAACGAUCAAUGUUAUAAAAAAAGCCAUCGAUAAUCGUUAUACACAAUGUAAAUUCGAGGUCAUCCAGGAAGAAGAUUUAUUGAAGGAGGCAUCUUACAUAGACGGUAAUGGCAACUUUUCUAGUGGCGGUACAUCUGAACACAAUACCUUCAACCUCGAGGCUAUUCCAUCCUUAGCCUCAAGACAAGACUUGUUGUAUCGUAUUCGCGAGCAAGCCCUUGUUGCCAUUGCCGAAAAGGAACAUUGUGAUACCAUCGUUUUCGGUGACUGCGGUACAACAAUUGCUGCUCGCGUUUUGGAGCUUGUAGCCCAAGGAAGAGGAUACGCCAUUCCUUGGUGCACGUCUGUUUGCUCCAAGCUUCCUGAGUUCCCAGUAUCUUUAUUGCGUCCUCUCCGUGAUGUAUUGUCUUCCGAGCUGAAUUCUUAUAUGAAAAUCAAACAACUUGAUUAUCUACCUAAAGAAAUUGAAGAACGCCCUUCUACAAUAUCUGGUGUAGCAGAAAAUUACUUUACAAACUUGAACAAUCAUUUUCCCAGCUUAGUGAAUACAGUUGUACGGAUGUCGUCGAAAUUGGGCGUACCAGAAGUGCAGAAAACAUGUUCACUCUGUAAAUUACCAAUGCAGGAAAACGCGGAAGCCUGGUUACAAAAAACUACAGUGCAGCAUCCUAGUGAAAGGCAAGAAGAUGCAGCCGCUAACCCUGAUAUAUGUUAUGCUUGCUCUGUUUCACUAAAGAACAUAAAACAGCCAUUACGGAUUCCCACGGUCAAAAAGGAGCAGUAAAUAAGGGUCUUAUUGUAUAUUAAUAUUUUUGGAUUUCUUUACAAAUAUUGGGUAAACACUAAUUUAUAGAGUACAAGGACAAGGAUAAAAGGGAGGAAAGGAUGGAUUAGUUAAUAAUAUUAAAAGUACUUUGUUUAUGCCGAACUAGG